CCUUCUCUUCUCCCCUUCACUGCAGGAGCUGGAGUGGCCGUGGGGGGCAGUGUGCUGGUAGCCAGCCAUGAUUGCCACUGGAGGCCUCCUGAGGAUCUCGGCCAGGAAACAGGACCCCUUGAAACCCCAGAGCCAACUCCCCAAACGCAAACGCAAGGCCAAAAAGAAGCGCAAGAAUGACGUGGUGGUGGUGAAAGGCAAGCUCAAGCUGUGCUCCCUCUCAGGGUUCAUUGCUCUCUGUGGCAUCCUGGUACUGCUGGUGGGCAUCGCCUUGGCUGUGGUGGGCUACUGGCCAAAGCCCAGCCAGGUGUACAGAGAAAGCAGCUUUGGCAAGGGCCGGCACCCAGCACCACAGGGUGGCACCCACACGAACCGCUCCCAGAGCCAGGGAAGGGUGCAAGCAAGGAUCCACCUGGAGUCGUCCCCUGGAGCCAAUGCCUCCGCCACUGCUGCCACCGGUGGGUCCGCCCCUGCUUCCUCAUCCCCCCAGGCCUCAGCUGGUUUCCUUUUCCGUCUUUUCUCGAGCUACUUGCAUUCAGACAAGCUGAAGGUGCUGGGCCCUCUGAUCAUGGGUAUCGGCAUCUUCCUCUUCAUCUGCGCCAAUGCGGUGCUGCAUGAAAACCGUGACAAGAAGACCAAGAUCAUCAACCUGCGUGACCUCUACUCCACCGUCAUUGACGCCCACAGCCUGCGGGCCAAGGAUGGAGGCACCCCGGCCUCAGCCCCUCUCAAUGGCUUUGUCAACUACGUGCAAUCCCGGGGCCUGGAGCUAAAGCCUGGUGGGGAAGGCCUGGGUGCUGCAGCCAUGCUGGCCAAGAGCUCCUGGCCACCAGGACUGGGUGUCUCCCUUUCCCCACCGGAUCUGGUGUCCUCACCGCAGCGCUCCUCUUUCUGCGCCCCACCACAGCCGCCCAGCCUGGCUGAGGCUGUGUACAGCAUCUGCCAGGAGCGUGCUGCCCUUGCUGGCCACCCUGUCACCAGCCCACCCUGCAGCCCACCGGGGAGCUGCGAGAGGUGCAGCACGGCCAGCUCCAUCGUCGGCUCUUCACUGAGCACCUUCACCCUCCUGCCCUUGGGGCCAAGCAGUGGAGGCGGAGGCUGGCAGAGGCCACCUGGUGAACGGGGAGCCCAGGAGAUCCCACGGGGGGAGUUUGAACUGAGCCUAACUGACCUCAGCAGCGGCCACAUCAAGGGAAGCUGUGGGACAACGAGGCAAAAAGUGGUUCUCAGGCGGCAGAGCACCAGCUGCUUGCCUGAUGCCAGGCGUCCCCUUUCCCCUGAGCCACCUCGGUCACCAGCUGUCAGGAGGGUCUUAGAAUCCAGCCUCUUGGUAAAGGCAUCUCCUAGUGACUCCAGACCUCUAGAUCUGGGGGGAUCACCCCCUUCAGCUCCUCCUGCCGUCACCGGGACGGACUCCCAGAGCUCCCAGUCCGAGCCUUCCAGCAGCAAUAAGGGCUACAGCCACUUGGAGGAGGCAGGCACCUCCUUGGAGUCAGUUGCCAAUACCGCAGCCAGUAAAAUUCAGGACUGUGAGGAGGCACCAGUUGAGCAGAUGGACCCCCUCAAGGCUACCAGCAGAGAACAAACAGGGGAGCAAUCCCAGGAAACUCAAAGACAGUAUACAAAUAAAGAGAAACUCUUUAUGAUUUCUAGGUCACAUGCUGCAUUAGGGCUGGAGGAUGGGGAACUGGAGAGUACAGGCAUCUAAAUAAAACAGAGACGGCAGGAGGACACCUUGCAUCCCUCCACACCUUCCCCGCUUCUUCAUCUCCUUGUGGACUUAGGAAACCAAUCGAUAUCCAAAGAGCUGCACUAUGUUACCCUUGAAAAUUGAAUUCCAUAGAUCCUGUAGAUGACUUCAGGAAGAAAAAAGAAAAUCCUUUCUGUCUAAUCGUGAUUGUAUGUUUCAUGCAAGCCAAAUUGUAUUAAAUAUCCAGAGUCCAGCAAGUUCUUUGGAUCAGAUUAAUACAAUUUUGGAUGGUAUAGCUGUGCACUUUACUGUUUUGAUUUUUAAGUGCCCCUUCUUCUCCUCUGAUUUCUUUCUUGCUGAUUUGCCACUAACUGCUUGAAAGCUGCAGGCACCUUUUUAAGCUCAAAAGCAACGUGGUCUUCAGAAAGAAAGCCGAGCUCUCUCUUUGUUUUGGUUCAAUUACUAAAACGUUUGUAAGGCCUUAAGGAUGAUGUACCUUGACAAAGAAUGAGUUUGUUUAAAUUCUGGGAAAAAAUGACAGCUUAGAAGAGACUGGAGCAGAACAGAGCUCUGAUGAUUUAGUUAAAACCAUUACAUUCCUGAAUUCAAAAUACAUAUUACUACAUGAUACUUUAUCAAAGUAUUAUUACACAUGUAUUGACUAAUAGCAUUAAAAGAUGUUUUUUAAUAAAAUAUUUACAAACAAAACUUACAAAAAAUUCCUUUAUUUUGGUAAGUAAUUACAGAUAUCAAAAAUUGUUUCAUUUUGUACUGUGAAAGAGUAUAGAAAUGCUAUGAAGCCAAAGGCUUGCUUAUACUUUUAAGGAGGUAAUUAAUAAUUUAUGUGAAAUUUCAAAAUAAAUACUGGUUCAGUCCUUGAGAAACCACACUGUAAUUCAACCAGCAGAUUCCUUCUCCAUUUCUGACAGUACUCUGUGACAGCCGAAGAAAUGUGAAAUUUUGACAUGCUAAGGGAAAAAAAAAAUUAAACGUUUGAUCUUCUAUUCAGAUUAGGUUUUUUGUGAGAUUAAUCUUGAACUGCUUCAUCUUCUUUCUGGAUUUUUCAGUUCCCUUAUAACUGUUGCAUUAAAUCUUUCUGCUGUUGGGGUUCCUAUUUGUGAA